AUGUCACAAGUUGCCCCUCGACACAGGGCAUGGGUCCCUCGACAUAGUACGAUAUCGCAAUUCUCAAAAAGUAUAUUAGUCACUUUUCUCAUCGCCCUGCACAUUGUAUCGCCCGCCUAUGCCGUGAGGAUUCCUUUUACAAACUGCCUCAGCGACGCUUACCGCUUGCACGAACCGACACGACUACAAUGGGUUCCCCUAUAUGCCGAUGCUGUAUUCGAUAUCGAGGACGAGAAGCACAACCUCCGUGUCAUCGUGUGGGGUAACGUCACAGGUGCUCGAACGACGAGCCAAUUACCUUCACCUGAUGAUCCUUCCUGGAAAAACGACGAUAACAUCAAUGGCAAGAUUGAUGAGCUCCCCCAAAGCGGCUACCGGACUGCGACGACCUACUUCCCAAGGGUGAACUUCUUGACCUAUGCUCCGUACAAUGACAGGUUUAACUUCUGUAAUACUUCGCUGGUCAACGGUACAUGCCCCCUUGGUCCCUACUUUGGAGAAGUCGAUUACAGUGAUGCGUACAAGCUGCCUUCCAUCAAUAUCACUUGGGAUGCAUAUGCAUCAUAUGCCUUUGCAUCCCUUGCACCAAGCAUGUCCAUUGUUGACGGAACUAAGGAUGCCCCACAGAUCGGUUGCGUUUCCAUGGCCAUAACUCCAGAUCUCGGGGGUCUCUCGUGGUUGCUCAAGUUUCUACCCAUGAUUGUGUUGCUCUUCACAGGCUUCGCAGUUGUUUUCUCGGCCAUCUUUAGCCCCUGGGGCUCAACCGAUGUCUUCCACUGGACCUCCAACUACGGACGCGACGUCGAUUUGCUCCGCCUCGUUACCCCUGGAUUUGGCGAUUGUCUUCAGUAUAUCCAGUUCAUUGCACUGAGUGGUAGUCUGACGCUUGACUACCCCGGUUUUUAUCAGCCUAUCGUCAGUCAGAUGGCGUGGUCAACACUGAUGUUUAACGAAAGCUUCGUCGCUGAUGCUCCUUCAUGGCAAAGCGUCGUGGAUGGUAUCUAUGUCACCAAUGCCACCUAUGGACUCCAGGAGCUUGGCCAGUUGGUUGGCAUGGCGGAAAGCCGAGAUAUUUGGGCCGGCAUGAUGGUUUGGUUAUGCGUGUGCAUCGCCUCAGUGACCGUGCUUGUCCAAGGAGGAUUCGCGGUCCAGUGGCUAUUUCGCAAGAUCAACAACACACCUGAGGAGGACCUGCGUUCAAAGAAUGUCCCCUUUUCCGUCGGUAACGCCGUCCGCAUCGUAUUCAACUACUUCUUGUUCCCCAUUGUUGCUCUGUCAUGCUUUCAGCUCGUCACUGCGGGCGACUCUCCGACUUACACCAUUGCUCUCGCCGUUGUUACUCUGAUCUUCCUCAUCAUUUUUGCCUCGUAUCUCUUCUAUCUCAUCAUCAGAACAAGACCGAAAUCCGUACUCUACGAUGACUUACCCACUGUACUUUUGUAUGGGCCUCUGUACAACACCUACUCCGACGAGGCUGCUGCAUUCGCCCUUAUCCCUGUUUUCUUGACGUUUCUCCGAGGCAUUACAGUGGGUGCAGUUCAACCAAGCGGUAUUGCUCAAGUUGUCUUACUGGCCAUUUGUGAAGUUAUUCACAUCCUCACGAUCCACGCUUUCCGUCCAUUCCAACGCUCAACAGCGAUGAACGCUUAUCACACGCUUUUUGGCUCCCUUCGUCUCGUCUCGAUCCUACUAAUGGUAGCAUUCGUGCCUACACUUGAUGUGUCUGAGGGGGACAAAGGUUGGAUAGGAUACAUCAUUUUGGGUAUUCACGGCACAGCUCUGAUCUUUGGCUUCUUCCUCAACGCUUUGCAAACCAUCAUUGAAGUCACUGCUCGUAUGCUUGGUGCGGGUGGGGAUGACGCUCGAGGUCUGACCCGUGGAGGGCUUACAAAGAUCUUUGGUGCGCGACAGCUGUCUCGCCGCAACACACAACAUCGUAACACUGGCCCAUCCCGAGCCAGCCAGUUGUCGACGGCCGCAAUGUUGGACCUGGACGAUGGUGGUAAGUCAGGAUACGUUAUGCCAAGCGGAAGGGUUCGUAGCGAGUCUGGUGCUAGUCUCGGCGGACUCAUGAACCCUCGGCAUAGAAGCAGCUCAGCCCUCGAUAGCAUCGACGUCUAUUCUGGUAUGCCGCAUAACAUAGAUAGUAGUAGUUCAUAUAUGCCUAACACGCCUGGAGAGAGGAGUACAUUUUCUUUCCUGCCGUCGCCCAACGCUGCCCGCCAUCACCCGACUCAAUCAAUGGAUGCCGCCGACCCCUACUACCGACCACCGAGAAGACGACGCGAGGCAACGAAUGGAUCUAUUCAUUCAGAAGGACCCGACGCCUCGAGCCCCCCAGACAUUAAAAGAAUGAGCCAGCCAGGGGGCUUGGGUGACCCUGCAGAUAUGGGUGCGGAUAUUUCUCGAGCACCGACCCCGGCCCCUCCCCCUCCUGCUGGGUAUUCUCAAGUCAGUAUUCCUCCGAACCGACCCGACUAUGCUACUCGCGAAGUGGACUUUUACUACGGUGUUCGCGGACCGGCCCUGAAUUCCGAUGGCCCUGGUCGAAAACUUGGAACGGGGCCUGCUGAUCCUACGGGGCCUGUGGCUACGGCUUCGGGUUGGUUCAGAACUCUCCUUGGUGGCAAGACGAAGGAGAAAGGCAAGGGUUUCGAGGUGGUCAGAAGCUCACGGAUGCCUCCAGCCAUGAUGGCAAGGAAUGGCCAAGAGUCGCCCCCCGAGGGCAUUCCCGUGGCUAUGGGCGUGCUACGAAACGGACCUAUCGACUCUGAUGAUGAAGAUGAGCCUCAGCCAAGGCGGUCACCAGGCCGCCAACCACAGAGUGCUCUUCUUGACGACAAUGGAGAUCCCCAGGACUCUGAACCAGACAGCCCCGUGUUGGAGCGACCACAACGUACCUUCAGUGUCGGUAGCGAGAGUGUCCCAAGAGAGCCGAGCAAGUCUUUGUCCAAAGCACCACAUAUCGCACUGCGCGAGGCUGAGGAUGAUGACGCCCCAGAAAUCCCUCGCAAGAGCUCGAAGCGUGCGUCGGGCCACUUCGCAGGUAGCAGUGACCACAGUCACAGCCGGGCACCCUCCCUCAACCUGAUGAAUAUGCCUGGCUCAACAAUAUCUUUCGACUCGCAGUGGCGAGAUGCUGAUGCGGUAAGCCGUGCCUCGAGUCACCACCGAGCUACAUUAUCAGGGUCCUCUCGGCUACCGUUCGAACGGACAAAUUCCCAAAAGCGGUUGUCGUCCAACUCGUCUAUAGAGUUCCCGGGUGAAUUCUCGCAGAUUGAUUUCGGCCCAUCAAUCGACGAGCGACCGGCCAGUUUUGGCAUGGUGUCGCAGCAUGGUGUCAGCCGAGUUGACCCGUUACACCGUGACGUGGAUCUGCUCGGCAGCUCUGCUGAGCUUGUCGAAGAUCCUCCUGCGAGACCUCGUACUUGA